AUGGGAACGCCACUUGCAAGAACGGUCAUCAUCACAGGAGGAAACGGACGACUGGGUUCCGAGAUAGCGAUUGCCAUUGCGAAAAAGCAUCCCUUUGCUCACCUUCUAUUGACGGCACGGGAUAUCCAGGCCGAGGAUGUGCGGAAGGUGGCGGGCAGAAUCCGUCUGAUCGGCCCCAGGUCAGUGGAAGUGGUGCGACUCGACUUGGGGGACCUGGAGUGCGUGCAUCGGUUCGCGAAAAGCACCGUCGACCGAGUUCGACUCAAAGAGAUCCCACCGGUAGUAAACCUGAUCCACUCCGCAGCCAUUGCGUCCUAUGUCGUCGACAAUGUCACCAAAGAUGGCCAUGAUCCGGUCUAUCAAACCAACUGUAUCGCGCCGUUCUUGCUCACCAUCGGUCUGUUGGAGGCAUUCCAGGCUGGGGAUGGGUCACUCGGAGGAGCCAAGGUGAUCAACAUCGGGUGCUCUGCAGCAUCCGAUGGGCAAUUGGAUUACUUCGACCGUGAUCGCAGUCGCGGCCGUCCACCGGGGACUCCACUGAGCGUCAAGGAGGGACAUGUUCGCUUUGCAAGCAGCAAGUUAAUAGCCAGCGUCGCCAUGUAUGCGCUGCGACGGAGUUUGGUCUGGACCGGCAACAUCUCACUGGACAUCUUCACGCUGGAUCCGGGAGGAAUGUCGGGUCCCAGUCGGCUCAGGGCCGCAGCUCCCUGGUCGGUCCGAGUCGCGCAUCAGACUCGGUCCGGACUGCGGCCGAUUCUGUGUCUAGUUUCCCGGAGCGCAAUCAACAAGGCCAGUGUUCCGGGCAAGGCGAUCGCCAAAGUAGCAUUCCACCGUGACACUGUGGAGAACUGGCGCAGGGAACGGUACUAUAUCCUGGAGAGUGAGUGUGAGGCCGCAUCCGUCGUGCCGGCCCUGCGCGACGAGGCGCAGAUGGGCAGUUUGCUGGUAUCGAUGAUGCGACAGGUGGAGGGCAAUCAGGAUUAUCAUUCUGCGUGGCCUCGCCCUGUUGAACCGGGCGGAACAACGGCCGCUUGCCUGCCCAUUGAUUGCUUGCUCCGGUCGGCUCGUGCUGCGCCAGAGAUGAAUAGGUACCACGCCCAUCCUAAGGGCUAUCCGGCCUACUCUCGCGGGGGCGCCUUCUCCCCGUCGCCCAACCGCUUCCAACCUCGCUCCCAACCCGCCCUCCGCCGCCGUCGCCAACUCUUCCAACGACUUUGUCUCCUCGGAGGCGUCACCUUCCUCAUCACGAUCCUGAUCUUCCCCACUUGGCGCGUCGCAGUUCUUCCGACCCUGUCACUCGGCUUGCUCUCCUCCUUCGAAGACUUACAACUCGAGACGGUGCGCUACUAUGACCUGUCGAAGGUGCAGGGUACCGAGAUGGGAUGGGAACGAGGGGAGCGAGUUCUCAUGUGCACACCGCUGCGCGAUGCCUCGUCGCACCUGCCCAUGUUCUUCUCGCAUCUCCGCAACCUGACCUACCCACACAAUCUCAUCGACCUCGCAUUUCUGGUGUCGGACUCGCGCGAUGACACCCUCGCCAUGCUAUCCAGCAUGCUCCAGGAAAUCCAGGAUGACCCAGACCCGAAAAUGACCUUUGGAGAAAUCUCAGUGAUCCAAAAGGAUUUCGGGCAGAAGGUACAGCAGGAUGUGGAGAGCCGGCAUGGCUUCGAGGCGCAGGCCAGUCGGCGGAAGUUGAUGGCCCAGGCCCGGAAUUGGUUGUUGAAUGCAACGCUUCGUCCGACACACAGCUGGGUCUACUGGCGAGACGCGGAUGUAGAGACGGCUCCCUUUACCAUCAUCGAGGACUUGAUGCGGCACAACAAGGACGUCAUUGUACCAAAUGUUUGGCGUCCGCUUCCGGAUUGGUUGGGGGGUGAGCAGCCGUAUGAUCUGAAUUCGUGGCAAGAAUCGGAGACGGCAUUGGCCCUGGCCGAAACCCUCGAUGAAGACGCCGUCAUUGUAGAGGGAUACGCCGAGUAUGCGACCUGGCGGCCUCAUCUUGCCUACCUCCGCGACCCCUAUGGCGACCCGGACAUGGAGAUGGAGCUGGACGGAAUCGGGGGUGUCAGCAUUCUGGCCAAAGCCAGAGUAUUCCGCGCAGGCGUCCACUUCCCAGCGUUCAGCUUCGAGAAGCAUGCGGAGACCGAAGGAUUCGGCAAGAUGGCGAAGCGAAUGGGCUUUUCGGUGAUCGGACUACCACACUAUACGAUCUGGCAUCUGUAUGAGCCCAGUGUGGACGAUCUGCGCCACAUGGAGGAGAUGGAGCUGGAACGACAAGCUCGUGAGCGUGAAGAAAAGGAGCGCGCCCAGCAAAAGGAGAGCGGGCAGUCCAAGGCACAGGAUGCGGCGGACACUGUCUAUGUUUACAGUGAAGCCGGCAAGGAUUCCGAGGAGGGUGUGGCUGCGCAGCCUGCACCAUACGUGGGAAAAGAUGCUUCCAAUGGCCAGGCUAGGUACUAA